UCCAGUCAAAUCUGUGCUCACUGCUGCAUCGUCUGGUGCGAGCAAAGGACGCAAAGGCACGGCCACUUCUACCUGAGCUCUCUGCUCUCUCUGCUCUCUCUCUCUCUCUGGCACCUCACCUCGCAAACCCACCACCACCACCACCACCUAACCUGCGCGGCACCAGCAAAGAAGCGACGGGGACACUCUCUUUCUUCGCAGCGCAGCGGCUGCCCAGCACCAAAGAAGCAGAGCAGCCAGAACGGCGCCAGCGACCUGAACCCAAACGAACUAUUCCCAACCUCACCUUCCCUCCUCUUCCUCCUCUUCCCAUCUUCUCCUCUUCCCACCGUUUCUUCUCUUCCUCCCCAUCGCUCUCCGCAUCCUGUGCUCUUCUUUCUUCCAUCUUCAUUAUUGUCCUGCCUACCCCCGAGCGACCCCGCGAGCCGAUCUCAUCGCUCGUCCGCUCCCGGCUUUAAGUUCUCAACGCUCCUUACUCGAUUUCCAACCCUCAGCGUCGCGUGCGACGACUUUCGUUUUGCGACACCUUGCGAGCAAGCCCGCUUGCUGUUGCUCCGCCUUCUUUUCAAACCCCAACUCUGUUCGUCUUCGCCUUGCUCGGAACUGUGA